GACAAGAUCUAUAGUACUGACGUACACUGGCUGUGAUAGAACACGGACUGGCAGCGCCAUACCACAGUGGACCAGCGCUAGGCGGGGACGCACAUACACUGGCUGUGAUAGAACACGGACUGGCAGCGCCAUCCCACAGUGGACCAGUGCUAGGCGAGGACGCACAUACCACACUAGACCGGUGCUGAAGACGUAGCCAUCAUGUCUGACGACAAGCUAGUGGUGUUGGCGUACAGUGGUGGACUGGACACUUCGUGUAUCCUUGUCUGGUUACUGGAGCAGGGCUACCGAGUGGUCGCCUUCCUGGCCAAUGUCGGACAGGAUGAAGAUUUUGAAGCAGCCAAGGUGAAGGCUGCUAAGUUAGGAGCUGAAAAGAUGAUAAUACCUGACGUGCGGAAGGAGUUCGUGGAGGAGUUUAUUUGGCCAGCAGUCCAGGCUAAUGGAGCAGCGUACGAGGAUAGAUACCUCCUGGGUACCGCCCUGGCUCGGCCGUGUAUCGCAAGAGCGAUGAUCAAGGUUGCAAUAGCAGAGAAGGCCCGAUACAUUUCCCAUGGUGCAACAGGAAAGGGAAAUGACCAGAUCCGCUUUGAGCUUGGGGCGUAUGCGUUACAUCCUAAUGUUGAGGUAAUAGCGCCAUGGAAAAUGCCCGAGUUCUACAACCGAUUUGAAGGCCGGAACGCUCUGUUUGAAUACGCCAAGAAACACGGCAUCCCCUUACCUGUGACACCGAAAUCCCCUUGGAGUAUGGACGCUAACUUGAUGCAUAUAAGUUACGAAUCAGGAAUUCUUGAGGACCCUAAGACCGAGUUCCCUAAGGAUAUGCUCCAGAUGGCCGUCCACCCAGAGGAUGCCCCUGAUAAGCCAGAGAGGCUGGAAAUCGAGUUCAAAAAUGGUUUACCUGUCAAUGUCACCAAUCUAGAGGAUGGUACGGUAAAGGAGGACGCUCUGGAUCUCUUCCUAUACCUGAACAAAAUUGGGGGGAAACAUGGAGUGGGAGUUAUAGACAUAGUGGAGAACAGGUUUAUCGGCAUGAAGUCCCGAGGUAUCUACGAGACUCCAGGAGGCGCUAUUUUGGCCACUGCUCACAUCGACAUGGAAGUGUUCACCAUGGAUAAGGAAGUGCGAAGGAUCAAAAGAGAACUCGAUGUCAAAUUUUCUGAUCAAGUUUACAGAGGGUUUUGGUUCAGUCCGGAGUGCGAGUUUACCCGCUACUGUAUCAAUAAGAGCCAGGAGCACGUAGAGGGGACGGUGCGCGUGAAGGUCUAUAAGGGGUCCAUCUACGUCAUAGCGAGACACUCUCCACUCAGUCUAUAUAACGAAGAGCUCGUCAGUAUGAACGUCCAAGGCAACUAUGAUCCAGUAGAUGCUAAAGGCUUCAUCAAGGUCAAUGCUCUCAGACUACAAGAGUACGAGCGACUACGCCACAAGCUGGGUCAGAGUUAGCAUGCAGUAUUGGAUGUGAUGUAUUGACACGGAACAGUUCUACCUAAUGUGAAAAGAUAACUAGUUUAUUUGGAUUAAUAAUCAGUUAAGUUUGUUUAGGCUUACAAAUGUGUGUUGUUGUUGUUGUUGUUGUUGUUUGUUGUUGUUGUUGUUGUUGUUGUUGUUGUUGUUGUUACGUGCUUACACGUUAGUGUAUUGGACAGUCUAUAUCAAAUCCAUAUUAAAAUUAUAUAUUAUAGCUUAUAUGUAUACAUAUUUAUUACAGAUUUACUGUCGUAACAUAUCAAUAGUGCAAUAUACCACGUAUACAAUGUACCAUGUAUACAAUAUACCAUGUAUACAAUAUACCAUGUAUACA